GAUUCUUCAGCUGUGAGAGUCGACUCCACGAAAAAGAACCGAUUCAAUGAGUUGACUCAGCUUUUGGACUUUGCUUUAUAAUUCGGUGAUCUACGUCCAAAAGUGCAUGCGGGAUUCGCAGUGUGUGCUACAAAAACGGUUUCUUCGUGCCAAACUCGACACUUCCAGGGGAGAAACACACCAUCCAGGGGAGAAACACAUCAGUGACGAAUAAAGGUUUCUCAUCCAGGCUGCUCAAUGUCUUGGGAGAUCUCCGACUUCACUUCACAUCCCCUGUGGAUGGUUUGCGCGCUCGUGCUGGCAGCGGUGACGCGAGCGCAGCGCAGGGGCAGGUGGGACCCGCGUGCUUGUCUCGUGCGGCUCACGGGCAAAACAGCUAUCGUCACUGGAGCGAACACAGGGAUAGGAAAAUUCAUUGCCUUGGACUUUGCUUGUCGCGGGGCAAGGGUGAUCCUAGCAUGUAGGAAUGAGGCUCGCGGGAUGGCAGCGCUGAAAGAGAUUCGUCAGCGCAGUGGCAAUCAGAACGUGCACCUGCGAAUCAUCGACACCUCCUCCCUCGAAUCGGUCCGCAAGUUUGCUGCUCAGAUCCUUGAGGGAGAGAAAGAGCUUCAUAUACUAGUCAAUAACGCAGGGGCUUCAGGCCUACCCAAGGGAAUCACUGCUGACGGAUUGGAAGUGUCUUUUGCUACCAACCACAUCGGACCUUUCCUGCUCACCAAUCUCCUUCUAGAUCUCUUGAAGAAAUCAGCUCCAGCUCGCAUCGUGAAUGUCUCUUCAGCUAACCACAAGAACGGCAAAGUAGACUUCUCGCAUUUCCAUGGCGAGAAUUUGACAUACAGCAUGGACUCGGUGUACAACCACACAAAGCUCCACAAUAUUCUCUGGACCAAUGAGUUGGCACAAAGGCUACAGGGAACAGGUGUGACAGCAAACUCGCUCCACCCAGGUAUUGUUAUGACUGAAGUUAUGAGACACUAUAACUGGAUUGUUCGAUUAAUCUUCAACAUGGUGGGAAUAUUCUUCUUUAAGUCUGCUGAAGAAGGUGCUGUCAGUACAAUAUACUGUGCAGUGGCGGAGGAGACCAAAGGGAUCUCUGGAAAAUAUUUUGACAGCGACUGCUCCCUUGUCCUCCCAGCUCCAGCGGCUCGAGAUCAAGCCGUUGGAGCCAAAGCAUUUGAGUACUGUGAGAGGCUGACAGCUAAGCUCUGAACUACUGGAUAAACAUUCAACCCAGGUUGCUAUUACACAGUGUAGUAUUGUGAAUUAGUACUUUAUAAAUAGAUUUUAGCUAAAAAUUACAUUCCAUUUUGUAGCGAUUGGUUUCUAUUUAAUUUCUUGUUUAAUGCCACAGACUUGUGAAGUAACUGCGAGUAAAUUACAAUCAGAGCUUAUGCUUGGAAAACCAGGUGUGAUGUGGUAUUUCAUCAGUUCACCUACUGGUAUGGUUUUGAAUAUGCUGAGCACAUGCAAAAUGCCAGACAGAGAGUAACCCAAGCUUCAGAUCAAACCAUGAACCCAGGAGCUGUGAGGACGCAAUGCUACCUACUGUAUCACUAAGACUCCCAGUUUUUUCACAUAAUCACCACAAAGAAUAAAACCAACAACAGCAAUAUGGUGUUUGGUAGUUCCAUAAAAAUGAAUCGGCUUAGAGGCACUACUAUUUGUACUUUGAAUCUACAGUAUAGCAUACCUGUAUGUUGAGCUGCCAGUAUUUGAGUCAAUGCACAUGCUUAGCAUUAUCACAAAGCAAAUGACUUUUUUGUAAAAGCAUCAAGUAAGACAGGUUAUUAUACAUACAAGACACUUUUUCCAUGGAAUAAAAACAUGUAUUCUA